GGUUGUUCCAGUUUCCAAGGCGUUUGCCUGAGCCCCCGACCCCCCACUGCCACCCCGUCCUCACACUACACAACUCGGGGCACAGAUUGGUUUUAUUGAGAGACUUUAGACCGGCAAAGACCUUGUGAACAGGAGGGAUUCAGACAAGCUUCGAAAUCCUUUUCUCAACGGAAGCGUCUUUCACUGCUAAGCAAAAGCCCACCUAGGUAUCGGGUAGGGAUCAAGGCGGAGUUGCGGGACGUCUGGAGCUCGGAAGUCUGGAAGGGGUUCGAAGGUCUGCGUCGGGAGCCGCACACAGGAACUCCCGGCUAAGGGCCGAUUGUGGGGGUCUCUCAAGUUGAAAGACUGGUGGAAACCACGCACGCGUGAGUCAGCGCUGCCCCAGGGGCCCUCCGCCCCUUGGAGGUGGGUCGUGUACCAGGAGUGGAGUAGAGUAGGCCAGGAGAAACUGGGCCAGGCUGCACUUUUAGCUCGAGGGGCCUCGAGGACUCUUCGCGUCUCUGGAGACAAGGGCACUACACGCACUUCAUAAUGAAGAGUUGUAAGACGCUGACCUGGGGCCUGCCGGCAGGCGGGUGGGGAUGGGGAGGGGUCCGCUUGGGCUGGCUUCAGCCCUGAUCCGGUGGCCUGAGACGAAAUGCGGAGGACUGCCUUUCCGCAGCGCCCUCCCACCUCCCGCGGGGGCAGGGGAACUUCACGUUCCGCAGCGGAGCCGGACGCCUGAAUUGGGAAGUGGGGCGAAUCGAGACCAGGAAUUCGGACCCUGGUGUCGCUGGUGCCUGGCAGGGCCAGAACUGGCCUUCUCAUGAUUCCCAGGAUUUGUUUGAUGCUUCUUCCUCUCCCCACCAGUCUAAAAUGGAUCGCUCUUUUUCCUCCCCCCGCUCGCGGAGUGCAGUGGAAUGUUCCAUUGCCCCUCCAGUCCUGGGCCUGCGUUACAGGGGACGCGGGCACGGUUGCCAGGGAAAGCCCCGGACGUGACGGCGAAGCGCGACCCCUAGCAGCCUCCCCUCUCCCAUCCGUCAUUCCCCUGCGCGAGCUCUCUUUACACCCUUCCCCUCCCCCCACCUUGCGGGUUCCAGUCUAGGGAGAAGUAAACAGCUGGCGGAGCCAGGCUCACGGACCUAGGCCAGGCGGGAGCAUGCUGGGGCUCAGGGGGCUGCGGCUGCCCCCGGCUGGGAUCCUGCUCCUGUUGCCGUUCCUGCCGCUGCUGCUGCUGCCCGCAGCCCCCGCGCCCCAUCGCGCUCCCUACAAGCCGGUCAUCGUGGUGCACGGGCUCUUUGACAGCUCGUACAGCUUCCGCCACCUGCUGGAAUAUAUCAACGAGACACACCCCGGGACUGUGGUGACAGUGCUCGAUCUCUUCGAUGGGAGAGAGAGCUUGCGACCCUUGUGGGAACAGGUGCAAGGGUUCGGAGAGGCUGUGGCCCCCAUCAUGGCAAAGGCCCCUCAAGGGGUGCAUCUCAUCUGCUACUCGCAGGGGGGCCUGGUGUGCCGGGCACUGCUCUCUGUCAUGGAUGAGCACAAUGUGGAUUCUUUCAUCUCUCUCUCCUCUCCACAAAUGGGACAGUAUGGAGAUACAGACUAUUUGAAGUGGCUCUUCCCUACCUCCAUGAGGUCUAACCUCUAUCGGAUCUGCUAUAGCCCCUGGGGCCAGGAAUUCUCCAUCUGCAACUACUGGCACGACCCCCACCAUGAUGACUUGUACCUCAACGCCAGCAGCUUUCUGGCCCUGAUCAAUGGGGAAAGAGAUCAUCCCAAUGCCACUGCAUGGAGGAAGAACUUUCUUCGUGUGGGCCGCCUGGUGCUGAUUGGGGGCCCUGAUGAUGGUGUUAUUACCCCCUGGCAGUCCAGCUUCUUUGGUUUCUAUGAUGCAAAUGAGACGGUCUUGGAGAUGGAGGAGCAACCGGUUUAUCUGCGGGAUUCUUUUGGGUUGAAGACUCUCUUGGCUCGGGGAGCCAUAGUGAGGUGUCCGAUGGCUGGGAUCUCCCAUACGGCCUGGCACUCCAACCGUACCCUUUAUGAGACCUGCAUUGAACCUUGGCUCUCCUGAGGAUGUCCUCAGGGAUCCCUCAGGAACUUCCCAGCCCAGAGACCAAGCGGUGGCCUUGGAAAGCAGAUGUCAGCUCCGGUGUGCCUGCAACCACCCCAUUGCUCCCACACUGCCCCCACCAACCAGGGCUCCCAGGACUCCCUUCCUGUGCUCCUCUGUAGAUGACAAAUCCUGGUCUCCCCCCACCUCAUGUUUGGGGUUUGCUCCAUGCUCUCUCACUCUCCCGAGGCCGAGGCCGAGGUCGGGAAGAGAGAAACCAGGUUUUUAUCUCGUGGCUGCUCCUGCUGCUGUGGCUGCUCUGUCUCUGGCUGUAUAGGAGAACCCAGCCCCUGCCCACUAUAGGGGUCUCCUUCUAGGCCACUCAGGACAUUUUUAGCUCCUGUUCUCCCAUGUUCCCUUUUCCCUUUUUCUCAGCCCUCCCAACUCCCAGGAAGGACUACCCAUGAGAGUGGGGUUCUGAGGCUCCCCUAUGGGGACAGUUCCAUUCUUGAAAUGUCAGUGUUGGGGAAUAUCUAUGGCCUGUGAGGCCCAUCUCAGGUUUGGGGAUCCCCCAGUCCCUCUGUUCAGUGUUGGGGUACCCCCUGGGAGCCUAGUGUCUUUGAGGCCCCAGCCCCUUUUAGCUACCAUUGAAUGGGUGUUAACCCUAUAUUUAUGGAAAUAAAAGUCCAUUUCCUCA